UUUCCCUUUUUUCUUUUCCUCUUUCCACGAGGCGACGACGGCGACGAUGAGCGCGGCGGCGGCGGCGGACGUGGUGCACAGCGGCGGCUGCCACUGCGGGCGGGUGCGGUGGCGGGCGGAGGCGCCGGCGAGCGUGGUGGUGUGGAUCUGCAACUGCUCCGACUGCGCCAUGCGCGGGAACGCCCACUUCGUCGUCCCGGCCUCCAAGUUCACCCUCGCCGCCGGCGCCGGCGAGUCCCUCACCACCUACACCUUCGGCACCCACACGGCGAAGCACACGUUCUGCAGGGUCUGCGGCAUCACCUCCUUCUACACCCCGCGGUCCAACCCCGACGGCGUCGCCGUCACCGCCGCCUGCGUCGACCCGGGCACCCUGGCGCACGUCGAGUACAGGCACGCCGACGGGAGGAACUGGGAGAAGUGGUUCUCCAGGAGCGACAUCUCCGACUUCUCCAAGCCCAAGGCGCCGCCGCCGCCGCCGCCGAGUAAGACCUAGCUGCUCCGGUGGUGAUGGUCGCUGGAUGCUAUUGUGUUCCAGAUGCAACACGCGUUGGUGAUCUUUCUUUCGGUGUCUGAAGUGGCUGGGCACAUGGAAUGAACAAUUCCUGUGGGAGCAAGGGCGCAUUAUAAAAGUGCCAGGUCACGUCCCUAGCUUUUGAAGGAUCUUCAGGAAGCCAUGGAUACCGAGCUCCACUUUCGGUUGUGGCAGUGACUCACUGGAUCGAGCAACUUUUAAACUUGGUGUUUGUGGUUGUGGAAGCCGUUGUCCAAAUGCUAAAUUGCCAAGUUGGAAGCCAUAUGCUUAAAAUGAUUGCCCAUGGUUAAAACUAUUUUCAUUGUGGAAAGUGGAAAUAACCCUGACAGCUGCUGCCGACUGAA